CGCAGUUGUCCGGCAGCCAGUCUAGUGUGCUGUUUGCAAAUAUCCUGAGCUGAGCGCUGCGAAGGGAGAGGGGAGAAGGAAGUGGAGCACUGACGGACGGACCGCUGCUACAAACAAACCUUCGCUUGCAUCGCAGAGGGGAUCGUUCUUUAUUCCUUUCACAGACAUUUUUUUUAAUUUAAAACGCGGGUGUUUAGAUUGUUGGGUUUUGUUUUUUUUUUUUUACUAUUAUUUUUCGCACCCCCUCCAGACAAUUAAGUUCGGGGAAGAAAAAUGGAUGUUUUACCGAUGUGUAGUAUUUUUCAAGAACUUCAAAUAGUUCACGACACGGGCUAUUUCUCAGCCUUACCAUCUCUGGAGGAGUACUGGCAGCAGACUUGCUUGGAGUUGGAGCGCUACCUACAGAGCGAGCCGUACGUCUCCACGUCCGAGCUGAAGUUCGGCAGCCAGGAGGACCUCUGGAGCAAGCUGAUCCUGGCCUGCGGGGACAAGGCCAAGGCCGACCCGAACCUGGCCCUGGCGCCGGCCCACGACGAGGACAAUCAGGACGGCCAGAUCUUGGACAGCAACAGCGUCAACUCUGACGCCAGCAGCGAGGCUUCGGACAGUUUCGAGGAGCUCUCCCCCACGCACAGCUUUACCUCCAACCCGUUGGGGUCGGCGUUGGUUGGCUCUGGACCUUUAAGCCCCUCCGUCAUCAGCACGCCGCCGUCCUCGCCGGAGGCCGCCGUGGGCACGGGCGCCGCCGUCAACGGCUGGGUGGCGACGCACGCCGGGCUGAACCUGCCCGUCAAAAUCAGGACCGCCGGCGGCGUGGGAGUAGGAGGCGUGGCGGUGGCGAAGGCCGCGGAAAAGACUGGACUCCUCUGCGGGGACGCGUCCCCGGACGCCCGGAGGCGGGUACACAGGUGUCACUUCAACGGCUGUCGCAAGGUUUACACAAAGAGCUCGCAUCUGAAGGCACACCAGCGCACUCACACAGGUGAGAAACCGUACAGGUGUUCGUGGGAGGGCUGCGAGUGGCGCUUUGCACGGAGCGACGAGCUGACCAGACACUUCAGGAAGCACACAGGGGCCAAGCCAUUCAAAUGCAAUCACUGUGACAGAUGUUUCUCCAGGUCCGACCACCUGGCCCUUCACAUGAAGAGGCACGUCUAACGCAGGGCCAGCGUCGACCGGGCAACGCACCGAAGGGAAAAUCCUCUUAAAUUUUCUCUCUCAACCUUUUUUUUUUUCUCUUUUUUUUUUUUGUCUUUGGUGGAGAGAGGGAAAAAAAAAUAAAAAUCCAAACGCACGCCAUCUCGCGACUGGCCUCUUGGUUGAACUGUCCCAGAGAGCAGAGCGGCGAGGGCGACGGGGGCGGGAGGAGGAGGCGUGUCCCAGCCAAAGCAUGCCGUUUUGCACCGUACCGAAAUAACCCAGUGCCUCCGGGACCUCACUUUGUUUAUUUUCUCGUUUUUUUUUUGGAGACGGGCGCUCUGAUGGUUUUCUGUUGCAACAAGACGACGAAAUUGCGGACGCGAGUGGGAAGGAAAUGUUUUCCAUCGAGGACUUUAAGAAAAGACCGGGGGAGGGGUCUAUGGGGGGGGGG